AUGGCUCCGCCUUAUAGCAACGGCAACGGCUACCCUCACAAGGGGUCCAAGUCUGCCUCUUUGUCUUUCCAACUCCAUGAUGAUGCUGCCAGCUUCCGCGUCCGCCUCCGACUCGUACUUGCUGCCGUAGUGCGACUGGCGAGAACAAUCUGGGCCUUUUGGCAGACCCGCGGACGACGACUGGCCGCCAACAUCAUGCGGCAGAGUGGUUGGCAGGUGAGGCAGAACUUGACUGCGCGCCGCCUCCUGAGCUUCCCACAUCUGCUGGUGUGUCUAUGGUUUCUCGUUCUACUUUGUGGCGAGCGAUGGGUUUUCGGGAGCCGAGUCGCCCACUGCAAAUGGAGCAACUGGGAAGAUUGGCCCGCCGGAGCGAGCCCGCACCACCUCGUCUUUGUUGCCGACCCCCAAAUCAUCGACCCCAAAUCCUACCCCGGCCGGCCCUGGCCCUUGUCCGACCUGACGGUGUUGAUAACCGACAACUACAUGCGGAGAGGUUACCGGCAGCUCCAGUCGCAAUUGCGGCCCGACUCGCUGUUCUUCGUGGGCGACCUCUUCGACGGCGGACGGGAGUGGAAGACGGCGCGCGGCGAUUUCAAGGAUCCUGAGUGGGCCGUCAGCCGGCGACCCAAGAACGAGAAGGACCAUGUGAAGAAUUGGAACGAUAAGUACGGCCAGGACUUCUGGCUCGACGAGUAUGAGCGCUUCGGCAACAUGUUCUUCAAGGACUGGACGACCCUUGGCGGAACCAAGGCCGGCAACUGGCAACGAGGGCGCAAGCUGGUGGCCAGCUUGCCCGGAAACCACGACCUGGGUUUUGGCGACCAAGUCAAGGGAGCUGUCCGCGAGCGCUUCAGCACCUACUUUGGGGACGGGAACCGUGUGGACGUCAUUGGCAACCACUCCAUCGUCUCCGUCGACACCGUUUCCCUGAGCGCGAGCGCCUCGCAACAGGCCGGCGUUGACUUGAAGGCGAUUCACACACCGGCGGAUAUCUUCUUAAAGGAUGUCCGAUUUACCAAGCGGAAGGCCGUCGAGAAAGAGCUGCGGUUCUGGAGGGGGGACGUGGAAGGAAUCGUCCACGAACACAAGGUCGAAGAGUUGGAGACGGCGGAUGUGAAAGUGCCGACCAUUGCGCCGGGUGAAGAUGGGCCCGAUUUUCCCACGAUUCUCCUCACACAUGUCCCUCUGUACCGGGACCCGGGAACGCCUUGCGGACCGCUACGGGAGCAUUGGCCACCGGCCAAACCACCCAAAGGACAGCAGGGUCCUGUCGUCCCGGACCAUCGCAACGCCCUCCCGGUUUCGGGUGGUUACCAGUACCAGACCGUGCUGAGCGAGGACGACUCGGUCAAACUCAUCAAGAGCGUCGGCAACGUCGUCCACGUGUUCUCCGGUGACGACCACGACUACUGCGAGACCGUCCAUUCUCCUGCAAAGGAUAACGUCCGCGAAAUCACCAUCAAGAGCAUCAGCAUGGCCAUGGGCGUCCCCACACCUGGUUUCCUCAUGGUCAGCUUCUGCCUGCUGCCGAACCAGCUUGCAACAUACGCCAAGUACGCCGGGCUCGUCUUUGUCACCAUCGUAGCGAUAAGUAUCCGCUCGUUCCUGGUGCCUGUGCUCAACUUGACGCCGUUUGCGCUGCAAACCGAGCAGCCGCAAGGCCCGAUUCUGCCUACGAUCAAGGACAAGCUUGAGGACGACGGGACCUACAACAUGAAUUCGACGUCGGCGAGCUCCGGAACCCGGUUCCUGACAUCUUCGUCAUCGCGGACCAGAAGCGGAUCCAUCCGCUCCAACGGCUCGGGCCCAGUGCCGCCGGCAAAGACCAAGCUCAAGAAGCAAGGAUGGAGCCACCGUGCCCCGAGAAUCGAAAUCUUUCAAGACGAUUUUUACGGCACCACCAAGCCGCGACUGACGUGGAAGGCGGCAUCCCAACGGUCUCGGACGACUCUCGGAAGGGUUGCUCGAGAGAUAGGUGCCUCCACGUGGAGAGUGGUCUGGAUGGUCGUUCUAUUCUGGGCGUAUCUUGCAUAUAAAGGAUAG